AUGGUUCGUGGUAGAGGUCAGGGUGGUCCUCGCGAAGCUACGGUUGAGGAGGUGAUGGAGAGAACGAGAUACGAUGAACUAUCACGCACGGUUGAGCAGCUCGCCGGUCAGGUAGCAACCUUGUUACAACGACAUGAGCGCCGUCAUCCGUCUACAGAUGAAUCCAAUUCAGAUGGAACCGAUGACGAUAAUGAUACUGAAAACCCUUUCGCUGGGCGUGAGCGUGAAUCUAGGAGUUGGGAAUCAUCCUUCCGCAUCGAGAUUCCUGAGUUUCAUGGCAGCGGAUUGUCACCGGAAGAUUGUAUCGACUGGUUUUCUACUGUGGAGGAAGUUCUGGAAUUUAAGAGGGUGUCGGAUGUUCGAGUGGUUCAGCUGGUGGCUACACGCUUUCGAGGUAGGGCUGCUGUUUGGUGGCGUCAACUGAAAGCGUCGCGGAUUCAACAAGGUAAAGCUCCUAUUUCUUCCUGGGCAAGGAUCGAACAGUGUAUGCGUUCAGCCUUUUUGCCAUUUAACUAUACCAGAGAACUGUAUAUUCCUUUACAAAAUCUUCGUCAGGGUUUUCGCUCCAUCGAUGAAUAUACGAAAGAGUUCUAUGAUUUGGUCACUCGUUCUGGUAUUACAGACACCGAAGAACAACUUGUCUACCGCUACAUAGGGGGUCUGCGUGAGAUUUUUCAAGACACACUUAAUAUGUUUGAUUAUUUUUCUGUGUCUGAGGUUCAUCAACGAGCUUUGCGAUUGGAAAAGCAAUUAUCUCGUAAGACGGUUCGAGCAGCUGUUGGCCGUCCUCCAGCUACUCUUUCACAGAAUGCUUCCGCACACCAGGUUGUUAGUACACCUCAGAGAUCUGUCCCUAAGUGUUAUCGUUGUGGUGAGCCUGGUCAUUUGGCAAAUGAUUGUCGCAAGGCUGGUAGACCUGGCAAAGCUCUCCUCAUCGAGUCUACUGCUGCUGAUGAUGUUUUUGCUGACGCUGAGGAGACAAUAUCUGAGUUCGAUGAAGUCUUCCUUCCAAGUGACCAAGGUGACUGUUUGAUGAUCUACCGUCGAUCGUUUCUUACACCCAAAGCUGAUGCUGAUGAGUCCUGGUUACGAAAGAACAUCUUCCAGACAAUAUGUACCAUUGAGGCAAGACGUUGUCUUGUGAAGUUUGCCAUUGGUUCUGUCUAUGAGGAUGCCGUGUGGUGUGAUGUCGUGAAUACUCGUGUUACGCUGGUACCUUCCAAUGUGACAGUGCAAGUACAUGUUUCUCCCGUGGCUUCCAAUUUUCUGUCUUGGCGUCCGUUUGAGCAUGAGAUGCUCACUGAGGAGAUGGUGUUCAUCUUGUGUGGUCUCUCUCGUGAGGCUACAUCUGUUGUGGAGGUUCCAGCAUGUAUCCAGAAGCUGUUAUCGGACUUUGAGGAUAUCUUCCCAGUUGAUCUUCCAGAGGGAUUGCCUCCUUCUCGAGCUAUUCAGCACCAGAUAGACUUGGUGCCUGGUUCAGUGCUUCCUAAUCGGCCUCAUUAUCGCAUGAGCCCAAAAGAACAUAUGGAACUACAACAUCAAGUGGGGGAGUUAUUAGCCAAGGGUCUUAUCAGGGAGAGUCUCAGCCCUUGUGCAGUUCCGUCUUUGCUCAUUCCUAUGAAAGAUGGUACAUGGCGCAUGUGUAUGGAUAGUCGUGCUAUUAAUAAGAUUACGAUAAAGUAUCGUUUUCCUAUUCCUCGGUUAGACGAUAUACUUGACCAGCUUCAUGGUGCUACGGUUUUUAGCAAUUUGGAUUUGCGUAGUGGCUACCAUCAGAUUCGUAUACGGCCUGGAGAUGAGUGGAAGACAACUUUUAAAACUAGGGAAGGACUUUAUGAAUGGUUGGUAAUGCCGUUUGGUCUCUCCAAUGCUCCUAGUACAUUUAUGCGCGUAAUGAACGAAGUAUUAAAACCACUUUUGGGUAAGUGUGUUGUCGUUUAUUUCGAUGACAUCUUGGUUUAUAGUACUAACUUGGAUUCUCAUUUGUUUCAUCUCCUUGAGGUCCUAGUAGUUUUACGCCAGCAACAUUUCUUUGCUGCUACAAAGAAGUGUGUUUUUUGUACUAAUCGUAUUCUAUUUCUUGGAUACGUCAUAUCCAAGGAGGGCAUCUCGGUGGAUGAGGCUAAGGUCGAUGCUGUACGUACUUGGCCUUGCCCCCAAACAAUCCAUGAGGCUAGGAGUUUUCACGGGUUUGCGUUUUUUUAUAGGAGAUUUAUUCCCCAUUUUAGCACUAUAGCAGCGACAAUCACGGACUGCAUGAAGAAUGGUUAA